AUGGUUUCGAGACAAGUAACCGUCUACACAAUAUUCCUUGCGUUGCUGUGUGCGCAUGUCAGAGCACAAAAUAUCGACAAUGAUUUGGCAAAGAUUAAUAACGAUUUGUACGCAAUCCUCGGGAAGAAAAGCGGCAUCGCGUCCACACCGGAUGAAAUGGAAUACAAUGAGGAAAUAGAUAAAGUACAGAUGGCCAGGAGUAGGAACGAUGGUACUACUCAAACUGACAAGCGAAACUCACUCAGUGCAAAACUGGAAGCCAAAAGGCAAUUUGAGUAUUACGAAAACCGCAGAAAUGAGUUAAAAGAAACGAUUAAUAAACUUUUAUCACUGGCUGAAAACUUGAACGCCACUUCGAUUGUCAACAGCUUAAAGACCGCCCUGACCCAGAGAAAUAAUUUUAAAGAAUUCGCAAUAGCGACUGCUUUGGAGCAAUUGGUGGCAGUCAACAAUGGGAUGCCGAAUAAUAUGAUUGGUGGCCCUGUGCAGCCAAGCGGUCCCAGUGCUGGUCCGAGUGAUUUAAGCAAUUUUCUAGACAUUUUAUCGAAAUUCGUGCGGUCCGGCGGCCAUUUGUUUUCACCUACCGUGUAUAACCAAAUAAGUCCUCCGUCAAUUAAUUCGCAAUCCGACAAUAACUUAAACCAACAACUAAAGGACUUGUUAAAAAAGUUAAACAAACGGCUUGCUUCCUUAAGCGAGAGGGACUAUGAUGACUGGUUGGAGUGGUUUGAUUGGUAA